AUCUGUCUCAGUAUCAGUAUGUCUCUUUCUCCAACCAGAAUAUUUUCUUUCUCCCUAUCUUUCCUUCAUUAAUCCGAUCAAUAUUCCCGGAGAAUUUAUCAUAUAUCUUCACUUUCCCGUUUCAUUUCCUCGCAAAAUAUUCCAUAGAUUUCUUUCUAACAUACACAUUACAUAUCUAUAUAUACACCAUAAUUAAGCUCACAAUUUCUAUACACUAAAAAAUGGAGGCAGAGAAAGCAGAGGCGAGUAGGAGAUACAACAAUCCGUUCCAGAAUAUUCGAUCCUACGUCGAAGUGGCCGGCGUCGUAGCUCUCGGUUACUGUUGUUUACCGGCGAUCGUGAAUCUACUGCAUGUGGUGGUUCCCAAUUGGUUCGAUUGGUUUACUCUGGUCCUAAGAAACCUUUUCUUUGUUUUCGUCGUCGUAAACGUUAUCAUCUUCUUGAUUUACAUUACCUUUAGUAAAACCAAAACCACGGAAAAAAAGGAACCAGAGAUUUACGAUCAAUAUGUAGCCGCCUUGCCCCCACCCCCCACCGUCACGCCGUUCGACUACUAUGAUAUAUUGAAGGUUGGAGAUUUUGGAUAUGAAAAUAACUCGAGUUACAGAGAGAUUGUACCGGAGUUUCAAGCGGUUAAGGCGGUUGAGGAGAGUAGAUGUACUUAUGAUCAAGAAGUGGUGGAGAUGAGUUCGAAGAGUUAUAGGAGGACGAGAUCGGAGAAGAAGAAGACGGAGAGGAUGGUGGAAUUUCGGAGGACGGAAUCGGAGAGGGUGACGAAAACGGGGUCGUGGAGGUCGCAGUCUAUGGAUGGUUUAAGCAGCGAGGAGUUUCGUAUGACGGUGGAGACUUUUAUCUCCGAGAAGAAGAAGAUGCUUAUCCGAGAUAGCGGCGUCGUUGAUCAGUGGCAAAACGGCUACGUUCACUUUUGGGAACACGACUACGUUCCUCAGUGGCAAAACGGCGGCGUUCCUCAGUUGCAAAACGGCUGCGUUCCUCAGUGGCAAAACGGCGGCGUUCCUCAGUUGCAAAACGGCGCCGUUAACCAGUGGCAAAACGAUGUCCCUGAGCCUCAAAACGGUAUCGUUCAGUGGCAAGGAUCUCGUGACGAUGGAAGUGGUCGUCAUCGUCAUCGUCAUGGUCAUCGUAGUCGUAGACAUAGGCUCGAGGGUGGCUCUAGCUCUAAAGGUUCUGGUUCGUACUUAGCUAUAUCGAAUUAGAGUUUGUAUUAAAUUUUCUGAAUCUGAUUAUAUCAUUAGAAAUAUCUGAUUUGCCAGGAAAAGAUUAUACUAUUAUUAUUGUAGCUUUCUAAUAACGCUUUUAAUUUUAACUUCGGUGGCUCUUUUACGAUU